AUGGCCCUCCGCCUCACAGGCAAACACGCCGCCAUAGUCGGCGCAACCGGCACAAUAGGCACCCACAUAGCCCAAGCCUUCGCCGCCCAAGGAGCAGUCCUAUCCCUCCUCGGCCGAACAGCCGUCCAGACGCGCCCCAAGCUAGAAGCCCAACUCAGUCCCUACACGCCCUCAAACUCCGAUACCCCUACAUCCCACCGCUUCAUCAAGCUAGACGUAGCAGAUAGGACGAGCAUAAAGCACGUUUUCGGGGGCCGGGACGAGGAGGCGGUUGGACCGCUGGAUAUUCUGGUCAAUUGUGCGGGGAUUUCGCAGACGACGCUUUUGAAGAGGACGCCGGAUGAGGAGCUCGCUAGUAUUGUUGAUACGAAUCUUUUGGCUACGAUGCUUGUGUGUAAGCAUGCCAAGGUUCGGCCGAAUGGCUGCAUCAUCAACGUGUCCAGUCUCAUGGCUACAAAGUCGGGUCUGGGCGUCACUGCAUACUCUGCUUCAAAAGCAGGCGUCGUGGCUUUCACCCGUGCUCUCUGCAGGGAAAUGGCCGCCAGAUCUAUCCGUGUAAAUGCUCUCCUGCCAGGCUGGGUACAGAGCUCCAUGUGGGAUCAUCUGAAACCAGACCUGCGACAGGCGUAUUUGAAAGAUACGCCGCUCAAUCGUGUCGCACAUCCUGCUGAAGUAGCAGAUGCCGCUGUUUUCUUGGCUUCUAACGAAUUCGCCAAUAAUUGUGUCCUCAACCUCGACGGCGGGUUAAGUGCUGCGUAA